CCGGGCAAGACGACGAUGAUGGUUACAACAAUACGAACUUCAAAAUAGUGCUCUCUCUCGGCUCGUCUCGCUCACGUGUACACGAUACAUACGUGCAUAUGUAUAUACAUGUGGCUAUAAUAUAUAUAUUAUAUAUGCGUAUAUAUAUAUGUAAUAUAUAUAUUACAUAUAUGUAUAUAAUGACGUGAAUAGUAAAGCAACAGCUAUAUAAUAUAUAAGUUCAAGUACAAAGGAAAAAGACGGAGCUAGAAGGUAUAGCGGCGACGAGGAGAGCAGAGCUAGAGCGGCGGCCACAGUGCCACAGUGGGAGCAAGAGAGAACGGAAGUAACAAAACCCCAACGCGGUAAAGACGGAGGUGACGUUCGUUGAGCUUGGUGAUGCGAUCUACUGGUGAUGGCGUUGGCCGAGCAAGACAGAAAUAGAAGGGAAAAGAGGAAGGGAAUGUUUAGCUAGCGCGAGAAGCCGACUCUCGGAGCCGAGAGGUAAUUCACGGAAUUGGCUUAUAUCCUUGUCAACAUAAACAUAUCGCUCAAAAGGUUAAACAUCGUUAUUGCUAUAUUCAAGUGUUAACACGAUAUUUGUAGCUGCUAUUAAAAUAUGUGUCCUACAAAACUUUUCAAUGUAAACUCAACGGAAAUCAAUAAAGAUGAGUAAUGCAUACAGAGGUAGAAAUUACCAUUCAAGUGCUCCAGCGGCGUUUAAAGCUCGUAUGCAGGAAGGAGGAAUGAACUAUCAAAUGCACAAUCCGAGAAACUAUUCUACAAACAUUCCAGAAAGAAUUAAUUAUCCUGUGAGAACUAUGUCGAAUACUAUACAAGUGCAAGGACCAAUGGUCCAUCCUUCAACUAAUAAUUCGUUAACUACUGCUGGAACCAAUAAUGUCAAAGAAAUUAACAAUUUAAAAAAAUCCCUAGUCAGGUGCCAGGACUGUAAUCUUGAUUUUACUAGCCAGGUUGUACUCGAUGCACAUCUUCAGGGAGCUCGACAUGCCAAACAAAUGAAGUCAAAAAAUAUCCUGGAAACUUUACGAGAGACAAAUGUACCAUUUAGUAAAGAGGAAGAUGCAAAUGGACUUAAAUGUAAUGUUUGUAGUGUUUAUUUGAAUUCGCUACAACAACUUCAGACUCAUUUAAAUGGGAAUCGUCACCAAAAAAAGAUGUCAAAAGGUGACUGGAACGGCAAGAAUGUAAUAUCAAAGGCAAACGUGGCUGAAAUACCUGCUGAAUGCUUACCACGACCGGCGGAAAAGAACGUGCUGCUCUCAUGUAAAUCCUGUAAUAAAUUCUUCAACUCCAGUUUGCAAUUGAAUGAGCAUCUAACAUCUCAAAAGCAUCUAGAUAGACUUGCUGGUCGCAAAAGCGAGAAAACUAAACGAUUUUCUCCUUACUACAAAGAAAGGGUAAACAAUUACGGUCAUCAACCCCUGACAAAUAACUUUAUUUCCGGUGGAUGGAAUUAAGCACGAUUCAAGAUCAAUAAACUGUUAAUAAAAAAAAUUAGAGUAUUAUUCUUAAUGUAUUUAAUUGCAUUCAAACUAGUCGUAAUUUUUUUCAAUCAGUAUGUUAAGAUUGCAUCUUUAAUUGUUUCACACCUAUGUUCAAUGAUUUUCUCUAAUGUAUAAGUACUUGUUGAGAAAUAAAUUUAUUUGAAUGCA